AUGUCUGACGACAAUCAGAUGCCAAUCCUCAAGCAGGACCUUCUCAAUCGCCUUAUCUGGUCGGUCUUCGAUAGCAUUGACGACAUUCGGGUCUUAGAUGACCCCAACGACCUCUCGUCCGAGAGUCGCCCAUUUUCAGGCCAUCCGAUUGCGCUCGAACAUGUCACCAAUUAUGCCCUCCGUACCAUGUUGGUGACGGAAGGCGUACUCGGACUUAAAGAAGAAAGUUUCUCGGAGCUCCUUGACGAAUGGAUUGCCCCCGUGCUCACCGUUGCGCGGGACGACAACGAACCAAUCACCAUUGGGGACUUCGUGAUGCAGGUGCAUACUUGGCUCCAAAGCCAGAAACAAGAAAUUCUUGAAUUCGAGGAAGAAAUGACCGGGAAAAGCCAUGCCGAAUUCAAGUACAUGUAUUGUGGUUGGGUCUGGGUGCCAAGUCUGGAAGACCUCGAGCUGGAUUUUGAGAACCAGUCAUUCCAGUUACACCUACAACCUAAAGGCCCGACAGGAGAGCGCGAAGUCUGA